GUCUUACUACAGCAGAGGACACCUAUCGUGCGAGCUUGGCCAAAGGUGUUUCCAUGUCUCUUCCUUCAUCACCUUUGCUGCCUCGACAGUCUCACCUGGCCCAGUCAAGAGCAAGCAAAAAAUCACCAGGACAAGUGUGACAGUGUUUAGGACCUAGCUGGAUAAUCUGGGAUGAUCUCAUCAUCAUAAGACCCUUAUCCUAAUCACGCAUCUCCACAGACCAUCUUUCCCAAUCAACUGACUCCUGGUUCUGGGAGUAGUUCAUGGACACAUCUUUGAGAACCAUCAUUUUAUCACACACUUCUACUACAAUGUCUGCUCAAUGGCCUAAUGACAAGUUUGCUUCAGUAAUUUGCCUAUGUCCACAAUCUUUCACAAAGGAAAGAAAGAGAGAAGAAGAAAAUGGGGCAUCUGUCAGCUGGGUCAGCUUCCUCGAAGUCCUAACCAGUACUGGCUUGCCUCCCUCUCCUUGGCUAUAGUUGUCUAGUUGCCAAGGAGCCUGGGAACGUGCUCUCUUAUUCACUUAAUGCAGUGGAAAAGUUAAGUCUGGUUUUCCAAAAUGGCAAAAACACAAUUCUUAAUUAACAAGAGAACCAAGAUGAUGUUAAGAAUGGUUUAACUGGUGUUUGGAGCUGGAUACGGCCCGGGCGCGGGCGGAGUGGUGGCCAAGUCGCAGGGCGAAGCUAGGUGUGUUCACCUGUGCCCGCCACCCACCAUUGACAUCCCGGAAGGAGACGCUGCUUCGGCUUCUCAUCCUUCCCGGUUCCCUCUGUAAGAAGACAGGAUGCCCUUGUCAACAAGACGACUGAGAGAUCCCGACAUAAAUCCUUGCUUGUCGGAAUCCGAUGCUUCUUCCAGAUGUAUGGAUGAAAAUAAUUACAACCGGGAACGGUGUUCCAGUCAUUUCUUAAAGUACAAAAACUGCAGGAGAUUCUGGAAUUCUAUCAUGAUCCAAAGAAGACAGAAUGGAGUUCAGCCAUCUAUGCCUACAGCAGCAGAAAGAGAUGAAAUUUUGGGAGCAAUGGGAAAGAUGCCCUAUUGAGUGUUUGCAUUAAAAUUGUUUCUGUAACUUGAAACUGAUGGAUGCUCUUUACAAAUGAUUGUUGUAAUCUUUUAAGACUUAAUUGGUUUCAUCCAAGACAGAACUUAAGUUCUACAAGGAAAGACAAUUCAGUUAGCCUUAAAUCUGUAAGGUUUGGGGUCAGGACUGUGACAAGGAUAUGUCUCUGCCAUGCUAUUUUCCUGGAAGUAAGGGACUGUUGGAAGAGCUCUAGGAAUUGAGAGCUACUGGGUCUCAGAAGAAACUUAAGAUGUGAACAAACACAGACAAAGAUAGUGUUUCCCAGGGAAGGAAGUGAUGCAAGUAACGCCAUGUGAAAGAAAUGAGGACUGUGGUUGAGUGUUGGAAUAAUGUUCUUGUUUUUAAAUGGGUGAUGUGUGGUGGGCCUCCGACCCAAGGCUCAUUCCUGAAAUCCCUGUCCUUGCUUCACCCAUGUAUCUUUAAAGUUAGUACAUUUACUAGGAGAGUAACGGGCAGAGGACGACUACUAAAUAAAUGGCAUACAAAACAACUGUUAUUUUCUUUAUGGAAAGGUUUGGUUACAGGAUUCUGUGACUAAAGUCCAUACAUUUUGGUUCAUCUAAAGCCAUAGAGCCAGUUUUUUUGUUUUUUUUUUUUAAUGUGUAUGAGUAUAUUGCCUACUUAAGUGUGUGUACCCGUGUCCUGCAAUGCCUGCAGAAGUCCGAAGAGGGCGUAGGAUCCCCUGGAACUGGAGUUACAGAAGGUUGUUAGCUGCCAUGUGGGUGCUGGAAAUGGAACCUGGGUCCUCUGCAAGAGCAGCAGGUACUCUUAACCGUUGAGCCAUCUCUCCAGCCUCCAUAGUGUCAGCACUGGAACCAUA